AUGAGUUUAGGUAACAGUGACACAGGUCCAUGUGUCAGCAUUGGGAACAUAAAGGGAAAUGACGUGUGGAAUGAGUUUAGCACCAACGAAGCACCAACGAAGAGAGACCAGCUCUCCGCCCAGAGAGACCAGCCCAGAGAGACCAGAUCUCCACCCAGAGAGACCAGAUCUCCGCCCAGAGACCAGAUCUCCGCCCAGAGAGACCAGAUCUCCGCCCAGAGAGACCAGAACGCCGCCCAGAGAGACCAGAACGCCGCCCAGAGAGACCAGAACUCCGCCCAGAGAGACCAGAACUCCGCCCAGAGAGACCAGAACUCCGCCCAGGGAUACCAGAACUCCGCCCAGAGAGACCAGAACUCCGCCCAGGGAGACCAGCUCUCUGCCCAGAGAGACCAGAACUACGCCCAGAGAGACCAGAACUACGCCCAGAGAGACCAGACCUCCGCCCAGAGAGACCAGACCUCCGCCCAGAGAGACCAGACCUCCGUCCAGAGAGACCAGAUCUCCGUCCACAGAGACCAGAUCUCCCCCCAGAGAUACCAGAACUCCGCCCAGAGAAACCAGAACUCCGCCCAGAGACACCCGAACUCCGCCCAGAGAGACCCGAACUCCGCCCAGAGAGACCAGAACUCCGCCCAGAGAGACCAGAACUCCGCCCAGAGAGACCAGAUCUCCGCCCAGAGAGACCAGAUCUCCGCCCAGAGAGACCAGAUCUCCGCCCAGAGAGACCAGAACUCCGCCCAGAGAGACCAGAACUCCGCCCAGAGAGACCAGAACUCCGCCCAGAGAGACCAGAACUCCGCCCAGAGAGACCAGAACUAUGCCCAGAGAGACCAGAACUAACAAAUGCUAAAUGCUAACUGCUACCACAAACUAUGCGAUGAAAAGUAUACACUGUAGGCUGGGAUCAGAGGUUUUAAAGACAGCUGGAUAGCUGACAGCACCGGGUCGUUGGUCGUGGCCGCAGCGAGAUAGGCCUUGGGUGGAGGCGAUGGAGAUGUCCGCGGCAAAUAGAGAUAUUACCUCUUUUCCUGACAAAGGGAUGCCAUCGUCUGGGCGUUACAGCGAUGAGCCGAGCCCAUUUGAAGCCAGUUGGAAAUGGGCC